UUAAAAUAAUAAUGAGCUUGGUCAAUAAGGCAAUGACCGAUUUCGUCUAUUCCUCUCCUGCUUAUGAUAUUGGGUGGGGAAAACGUAUCGAUCCUAUUGAUAAAGAGCAGACUAGAGUCCCGGCUCCUGGAACUUACGAGCGUAAGCCCAAUGAUAAGGUUGUGGAGCCACAUAUUCGGGCAAGAACUAAAAUCCCAGUUAGAAAACCUCAAAACAAGUUUAGAAAACCUCGCAGAAAGAAGGAUAGGCCUAGUGAAGAUGAUGAUCCGAGGACUGUAAAUGCUCCUGCGAUAAAUUAUCCUGAUCAAGUAUCUCCUUCCCCUUCAGAAAUUAAUCCUGAAGACUAUCAGGAUGUUUACACGUUAGGAAUGGAUGAAAGAUGCAAGGAUAAGGAAACACCAGGACCCGGACCAGGAACCCAUGAGAUUGAGACAAUGAACUGGAGAGGGCCACCUUUUAAGAAGAAUGAUCCCCCCAAGGAAACUAUCGUUGAAAGAGACCACACUGGCCCAAGUAGUUACAAUAUUGUCUUGAAAUCAAGAGCUCCAAAGUAUUCCUUUGGGUCAAAAGGACCCGGUGGAGGUAAAGGAUUCGGGUACAGGAACAGAGGUCCUAAGGAUACCGGACCAGGCCCAGGAUAUUAUGAAUCAAAGGAUGUUCAAUUCAAAAAGCCAUGAACCAAGUUUUCCAAAGCUGGAAAAUCUUCUCUGCAAAAGAUCUCAGGACCUAUUCCUUCUACAAAUUUUGACCCUCAGCCUGCAAAGCCAGAAUCAGAUUUGUACUCUUUCCCACUCUCUAAGAGAUUCGACGAUCCAAAAGAGAGGGGACAAAAAUUGCCAGGACCAGGAGAAUACGAAGUCCUCAAUACACUUCCCAAAGGAAAGCAUGUAAGCAUGCUUGGAGGAUCGUUAAAUCCAAAAACUAACACUGACAACGGAGUUCCAGGCCCAGGAAACUACUUUGAAGACCAAGGACCCUCUGACUAUCUCGACCACGUCCCAGGUGUUAUCUUGGAUAAAGGUCCUCCAAGAUUCAAAGAACAGCAACCAGAAGAGGAGGGUAAAGGACUCGGUGAAGACAAAAACCCACAAGAGAAGAAAGCUGGAGGAUGGACCUUUCCCAGAGGUGAAAGAGACCCCCUCAAAUCUAAAUAUGAAACUCCUGCUCCCAACGCUUAUGAUGUCACAGAGUUCCCAUCAGCUGAUGGAGGAAAAGGAGAUGAUAAAGACAAAGACAAGAAGUACAAAUUCCACAUGGGAAUGAGAACUAAUUACAAGGCUAAUCGUGGACAAGAGACUCCAGGCCCUGCUGAUUAUAAGCAUGAUCUCUACAAGCAUCCUCAAAUUAUGCAUCUCUUCGGAACCGGUCAAAGGAGUGACCUCGGAGUAGGAAAAGCUUAUCUCUCCCCAGGCCCAGGAGCUUAUGAAAUGAGAGGUAAAAACGAAGGACCCCAAGUCAAAUUCGGAAACGAAGUGAAAGACAACAAAAUCAAAAAGACCUACGAACCAGGGCCAGCGGACUACGACCUCCCAGGAACAGUGGGUAACAUCCCCAAAUACCUACGUCUGAAGCAAGAAAAGUACGAGGCUGAAAAACUUGAUGAUAUGAGUGAAAAUAUUGCUUUGUUCUAAAUUCAUCUUCAA